CGAGAAUAUAAUCAGACGUACUUCAUCAUCUUCACUUAUUUCUCUCUCCCUUACCAAAAUCCAAAAUCCAAAAUCCAGAGCAUAAAAUAAUUAAAAAAUUAAAGACAGAAAAAAUAGUCUCGAGAUUAGGGAGAAAAAUCAGACAGGAAAAUGACGUCAUCACGGCGGCUGCAGAUUCUGGUCUCGACGGUGAUGGCCUUCUCUGUUUGGACAAUGGUUAUUCGGAACCCUAACUCCGACAGCCGCAGAUCACAAGCGAAGGUACAUCUCGAGUUGUUCGUUCCAGACGCAUACUCGAGUUUGUAUGUCACGAAUUUGGAUCCACGGGUUUCGGAAGAACAGUUAGAUACGAUGUUUUCGGAUUUCGGAAAAAUCACAAGCCUCGUUUUGGCGAAAGACUUCAAAGGCGAAUCUCGAGGGUUCGCCUUCAUCGACUUUGAAACCUCAAAUGGUGCAAGAGAAGCUAUGAAGCGAAUGAAUGGACGACGACUAGGUCGGAAGGUUCUACGUGUAGAGAGGACGGGGAAGAAAGAAGAAGGUCGAGAUCGACGAGGACAGAACUGGUUUUGGUAACAAAAGUAGAAAACACGCAAGUUUCGAAGAACGCAACACGUGUCUAGGAAUUAUACAGAUUAAUAUCAAUAAUUGGUGGCCUGUUUCAUGAUUAUGUAUAUAUACACACGUUGAUUAUUAUAAUAAGCAGUGUGCAUUGUCAUAUGAUUGAGACCAUAAUACAAUAAAUGGACCGCACGUCUUCGAGUA